GUGAAAAUGAUUGUAUGGCAAUAUUAGAUAAGUUAAAUAAAUUAUCAUAUAAAAUUAAGAAAUCAGCUUCAAAAGAAAAGUUGCAAACUAGUAAAUAUUUAUCAGCGAUAUUAUGUAGACAAAAAUCAUUAGAAAAAACUGGUAUUAAUUAUUUAGAAGAUAAACAAAUUGAUAAUUUACCAAAAGCCAAAUCACAAUUGGAUACCAAUAAAAGUGACCUAAUUUUUAUGGAAAGGAACCCGACAAUUCUAACUAAUACUUUGCAUGCAAUACAAACUCUGAAUAAAGAGGAACAAGAAAAAGCAAUCUACGAUUGUAAAACUCGUAUUUUGGAUCAAGAAAGGCAAUAUUCGCUUAAAAGAAAUAAUGAUUCAGAAACACUAUUAAUGUAUGAAAAUAAAAAUAAAAUAUUAAACGAUAGUAGUGAUGGAUCAUGUGAUAAUCUUUAUGGUAGCAGCAUAGAUAAUAAUCAAUCCGUGGAUUCGUCAUCUUUAUUUGUUACUUGUAAUGAAACGGAAGAAACUAAUAAUCCUUUAAUAAACAACGCAACUUCAAGUACUGUUGAUACAAAAAUACAAAAGCGUAAAAAAAUAAUAAAUGAUUACAGUUAUGUAUUAUCAAUUCAUAAUGAUAAAAAAAACGAUAGUAUUUCGUCAACAAAUCAAAGUCAAAUUGAAUGCAAUUGCAAUGAAUGCCAAGAAGGUAGUUGGACACGUUUACGUGGUGGAAAAACAAAAGAUAGUAUAUGUUUUUGUCCACAAUGUUUAUGUGAAAAUUGUACUCGUAAAGGCAGAUCAAAAUCAUGUAACUGCGGUAAAACAUGUACAUGUGAUCCAUGUGGCGAUACAAAUGCAAUAGACGAGAUUUUAUCACGGCGUAUAGCUAAUACAAGAAUGAAAUGUUUAAAGGAUACCCAACCAAUAUAUCCACCGUGUUCUUGCCCAAAAGAUGAAUGCCCUUGCAAUCCGUGUAAUGAUCCACAACGUGCGAAGCCAAACUGUAGAUGUGAUUGUAGUGUAAAUGGAUGUAAAUGUAAUCCAUGUAAAUGUACUCCAUGUAAUGAUCCAAUGUGUAACACACAAAAAUUUCAAUGUUUUUGUACGGAAUGUUAUUGUAAUCCAUGCAAGGAUCCAUUGCGUAAAAAAAUAUCCAUAUGUGAUGAACCAAAACCGCCAAUACAAUGUGUGUGUCCAGAUUGUGAAUGCAAUCCAUGCUCAGAUCCAAGUAAAAAGCCAAGAUCGGUAUGUGAUGAUAGAACGUGUGAAAAUAAACCACCUAAACCUGCUUUUCCCACUGUAUGUGCUUGCCCCAAUUGUGAAUGUAACGUAUGUUCGGAUCCAUCGUGUAGGAAAACUAGAGCUCCAUUGAACGAUUCAAAUUCUUUAAAAUCAACGUGUAAUUGUACGCCAAAUGCAUGUAAUUGUAACCCUUGUAAAUGUGAUUCAUGUAAUGAUCCAGCAUGUAACAAACCAACCAGCCGAAAAAACUUACCAAUAUGUGCAUGCCCUCCUGGAGAUGCUUGCAAAUGCGAUCCUUGUUCGGAUCCAUAUCGAAAUAAGCCAACGAAAUGUUUUUGUCCCGAAGGAUCGUGCCCAUGUGAUCCAUGCUCAGAUCCAACAAGAUCUAAAAUACCAAAUAAAUGUUUCUGUCCAGAAGGAUCUUGUCCAUGUGAUCCUUGUGCAGAUCCAAAUCGAGCAAAGCUAAAUAAAUGUCUUUGUCCCGAAGACGCAUGCCAAUGUGAAAAAUGUACGGAUCCAACAAUAAUUAAAAGAAUCGAAAAAAAAUGUAAUUGUCCUGAAGAUAAUUGCCAAUGUACUGCAUGUACUGAUCCUACAAGAGCCAAAAAAUCACAACGUAUAUGUGUUUGUCCAAUAGAUGCAUGUCCAUGUAAAGCUUGUGGAGAUCCUACACGAGCAAAACCAAAACCGUGUAAUUGUCCAGAAGGCGCUUGCAAAUGCGAUAAUUGUGCAGAUCCCACUCGUGCAAAAGUUAUAGCUCCAAAAAAAUGCAAUUGCCCUGAAAAUUCUUGCUUGUGUAAAUCAUGUGGUGACCUUGAACGGCUGAGCCAAAUGCAAGCUAAAAAAAGCACUGAAUGUUUUUGCCCAAAGGAAUGUUGUCCUUGCGAAAAAUGUGCAGAUCCCACUCGAUUUAAGCCUACCAAAUGCCAUUGCCCAGAAAAUGCUUGCACUUGUGAAAAAUGUGCGGAUCCUGCACGCAGUAAGCCCGAAGCAUGUUCUUGCCCAGAAGAUUCUUGUCCAUGCGAAAAAUGUCAAGAUCCCACGCGAAGUAAAACUAAAAAAUGCACAUGCAAUGAAUUUUUUUGUCCGUGUGAAACUUGCGAAGAUCCAAAACGGGCUGAGCGAAAUAGACGAGAAAAAUUCAUGAAAAAUGACAUAUGUGCCUGUCCAGAAGAUGCAUGUCUAUGUGAGGCAUGUGCUGAUCCCAGACGUGUUAAACCCAAAAAAUGUUCGUGUCCAGCAGAAUCUUGCUCAUGUGAGAGUUGUGGGGAUCCUGAUCGAGCUAAAAAGAAAUGUAUGUGUCCACAAGAUAAUUGCCUAUGCGAAGACUGUGGUGACCCAACUCGGAAAAAAAAACCAUGCAGUUGUCCUGAAGAGUAUUGCCCGUGUGUAGAAUGUGGUGACAAAGUCCGUGCGGCACGAAAUAAAGACGUCCAUUCAUGUAGUUGCGAAGAAGAUGCAUGCCUAUGUAAUCCCUGUUCAGAUCCAACGAGAGCCAAAAAGAACAAGUGUUCGUGUCCUAAAGACGCUUGCUCAUGUGAGAAUUGUGGCGAUAUUACUCGACGAAAAAAACCUGACGAAUGUACUUGUCCUAAAGACUGUUGCCCAUGUAAUCCAUGUAAAGAUCCUACACGGCAGAAAAAGAUACUAAAAUGUAAUUGUGCGCCUAAUGAAUGUAUAUGCACUGAAUGUCAAGAUCCAACAGUAAAAAAACUAUAUAAAUGUUCAUGCACGGGUGAAUGUACGUGUAAUAUAUGCAAUGAUCCAAUAAUCCAAGCAAAAAAACUUAAAAACGAAGUAAAAAAAUGUGAUUGCAUUGGUGAAUGUAAUUGUAAUCCAUGCGAAGAUCCAACCAAAAAAUUGUGUACGUGUAAAUCAUGUUUUUGUAUUGAAUGUUCUGAUCCAAAAUAUCAAAAGAAGAAAUUUUGCACCUGUCAGCCACAAUGUGAAUGCAAAUAUUGUUCUUUACCAAGAAAGACAACGGUACAUAGUGUUACCAGCCUUUAUAAAAGUGCGGUGAGCAUUGUAUGUGAUCGAAUAUCUGCGCUUAUGGAUAAAACACGUUCUGCAAAUGAAUCAUGCAAUGUCAAUUCGGUACAAUCAAAAAAUGAUAAAGAAAUAUGUAUUAUAUAUCAACCGAAUAGGCAUCCAGCAUGUACAUGUGAACAAUGUAUAUGUGAUCCAUGUUGCCCUACUGUUCCAGAACCAGCACCCCCACCAACAGAGAUGUUAUGUGUUUGCGAUGUAGUACAAUCAACUAAUGAUAAUACGUUACGUGAUGCAAUACCUAAUGAAAGUUUUGGUAAAACUUUACCAAUCGAUUGCACUUGCGAUAAAUGUACAUGUGACCCAUGUGUUCCACCGCUAAAAGAACUAUCAAGAGAUGAUGCAUGUUCGUGUCCUUCACCAUGUACAUGUUGUGGUACAUGUAAUAAAUUUAAGAAGGAAAGAUCAGCAUUAACUCAGCCACAACCACGUGAACCACUUAAAAAUGAUAUUUGUAUAAUGGAAGGAUGCACGUGUAUUGGUCGCUGUUGUUGCGAUCCAUGUAAACCAAAGCCAAAGAACAUGAGUAAAUGUAAAUGCAUUGGUAAAUGUAAAUGUAACGCAUGUGCGAAAACAAAAAAACAAAUUCCAGAGGGUUGUAAUUGUGACAAUUGUGCAUGCGAUCCAUGUAAACCGCAAGUGAGAGAUAAUUUAAAAUGUGUGUGUGGUCAAGAUACAUGCGAUUGCGAUGCAUGUAUCAAUCCAGAACCACAUUUUAAAACACAUUCAUCCGCAAAUGCCCCACCAAUUAGUGACUGCAAUGCUAAUAAGCAUAAUGAAGAUUGUACUUGUGGACCAACCUGUAUUUGCGAUGAACAUGAAAAAAAACAAAUAACCAUAUGUGAUACGAAAAUUCCAUGCGAUUGUUUUGAAUGUAAAUGUCAAAAAUGGCAAAAUGACAAACAUGAAUUUUGUUGUAUAUGUGACGAUAAAAAUCUUAAAUGUGAUUUUAAAUGUACAUGUGGCGAACAUUGUCCAUGUGAAACACAAAUAACGGUACCCGUAAAAGAUACAUUAAUUCCUUCAGAUUGUACAUGUGAUCCCUGUACAUGCGAUCCAUGUUUUACAAAAGGAUCACAAAUGGAAAAAAUACUUAGUAGAUUAACAGACCCGAGUAAUAAAAAUAAUUCGUCAUCAUUACCAUGUUCAUGUCAGCCGAUGUGUCGUUGUGGGGAUUGUUUUAACGAAAAUGUUACAAAAGUGCAUUCAUAUUCAGAGAAAAAAACCGAACAACAGAAAAACGAUUGUGAUUUGGCCCAAAAUACGAUGAUUAUCAAAGCGGAUGAAAUACAAAUAAAUGAAGUAUGCAAUUGUUGUAAAUGCCCGGAUACAAAUAACAAAGCCAGGGAUCAACAACAACAACAAGCCACAACAGCAGAAAACUACAGAAAAAGAAGUCAAAAACAAGAAAAUGAAAAAAAAAUUGAAAAACAGUCAAUGGAAGAAAAUAAACGGUUGGUAGCAAUAAUUAAAAGUGUUUGUGCAAAAACUCACCAAAAUAAUGAAAAACAGCAGCAACGAGUUGUUGCAGUAAUUAAUAGUAGUUGUCAAAAAAAUCAAGAAAAAAUAGAAAUAAAAGAAGAGCAACAGCGGGUAGUAGCAGUAAUUAAUAGUAGGUGUCAUAAGCCUCCACAGUACACUGAAAAACAACAAUCGCGGGAAAUAGAUGGAAAACCUAAUGUUUGUCAUCCAGGUAUUUGCGAAAAACGGAAGCAGAAUCUAGUAGAAGUAAUGAGUACUUGUUUAAACGAAGAAAUUCAACUGCAGCAAUAUAAAAUGCAGCAAAAACAAAGGCAUGUAAUAAAUACCAAAAAACCACCAAUAAUAUAUCCUUGUAUAAAAGUGGAAACAAAUCCAUGCCCAGAUGCAAAAAUAGACCCUUGCCAAGAAGAAAAAGUAGAACCUUGUCAAGAAGAUAAAACAGAGCCAUGCAAAGAUGAAAAGGUAGAUCCUUGUCAAGAAGAAAAGGCAGAUCCUUGUCAAGAGGAAAAAGUAGAUCCUUUUCAAGAAGAGAAGGUAAAUUCUUGUCAAGAAGAAAAGGUAGAUAUUUGUCAAGAAGAAAAAGUAAUUCCUUGUCAAGAGGAAAAGGUAGAUCCUUGCCAAGAAGAAAAAGUAGAUCCUUGUCGAGAAGAAAAAGUAAAUCUUUGUCAAGAAAAAAAAAUAGAUCCUUGCCGAGAAGAAAAAAUAAUAUAUCCUAUCCAAAAAGUAGACCCUUGCCAAAAAGAAAUAUAUCCUAUCCAAAAAGUAGACCCUUGCCAAAAAGAAAUAUAUCUUAUCCGAAAAGUAGACCCUUGCAAAAAAGAAAUAUAUCCUUGCCUGAAAAAAAAAGUACAUCCUUUUUGCAAAGAAAAAGCUGGUCCUUCCCGUGAACCAAAUCCAGCUUGCUUAGAAGAACAAGUACAUCCAUGUCUAGAAGAACAAAGAAUAGAACCUUAUCAAAUAGUAUGUGAAUCAGAAGAUUCUUGUUACACAUGUGAUGGUUAUACGUCACUGAAAACAGAUGUGUGCCUUAAAUUGAAAUCUAAAUUUCAUUGUAUUAAAGCAUAUUUUGGUGAUUAUUUUAGUGAAUUAAUCAAAAGUCGUGCUAAGGAAGAAGAUGAUGAGGAUGAAUGCACUUGUGAUAUAUGUAAAUGUCGAAGAGAAAUACGCAGUAAGCAUCAUAAAAAUAAAUCGACAAUAACUCACGAUUGUGCUUGUUCAAGUGCAUGUAAAGAUGUUGGAUGUUCAAAUUUAUCAAAUGAUUCGACAAAACAACCGUGUAGUUCAGCAAAUGUCCCAAAAUCGGAACAAUGCCUUGCAAUCAUUAACUCAAAGAAAACAUUAUCAACUUGCGCUAGUAGAAAAGCAAUUCCUUGCAGUGAGACAUGUUCAGCAAUUGGAAAAGUAGAUUGUAAUACUAGCACCAGGGGUUUGGGUGCAAGUUAUUUAGAUGAAUAUUAUUAUUCAGAAAAUAUUCAAAAAGAUGUGCAAAAAAUUGAUUCACGCGAGGAGAAUCCAAUGCGGACAAGAACAUCAAGUAAAGAUAAAAAUUCCAGCUUUAUUGAACUUUAUGAUUAUAAACAGAAUAAUAAAGGCUUACAAGCAAUGGCAGAUGACGAUGACAAUGAUAACCGUGAAAUCAUCUCACAAACAUAUAGUCCACAAAAUCUGGUAAUCCUAUGA